AUGGUUUGGGUUCAAACAGCGUUGUUGGCUGCGUUCCUGGCUCUUGCCAGUGCCAGCGGAGCCGUUCUCGAGUAUACUGAUGGAAAUUUCGAAGAUCUCAUACAGACGCACGACCUUGCGCUCGUGAAGUUCUACGCUCCAUGGUGCGGACACUGCAAGCGUAUGGCUCCGGAGUACGAGAAGGCUGCCCCAAAACUCGCUGCCAACGACCCACCAGUUGCUCUCAUCAAGGUAAGCCUGUUUGUACAGCCAGCAUUAUUCGAUUCGCACUGUUCGUAUCGCAGACGUAAAUAUGAGAACGGCUGAUAAAAUACAGAGCAACAUCUUUUGUUGGUUCUAACAAUACGGUCCUUUGUGUCAUUGUGCUCAUUUAGACAUUAGAUUCAUAUCAUCAUCAUUCUUAUUAAUAUAACUCAUCAUGGGUUUGUCCCUCUGUUUGUUUGUUUAUUUCUCUGUCCAUCCCCACGUUCAUUUCUAAAAUCAUUUCAUUUCUGAAAAGUAGGCUGGUCGAACAGGCGAUUUCAGGCGCCUGCGCCUGUUUUCUCAACGCAGGGACGCGGCGGCCCGUUGAAAAAAUAGGCGCCUGUUCGACCAGCCUACUGAAAACUUGAAAACGGAAAUGAACACGUGAAUUUUCAAACAAUUAAGAGAAACAAACAAGCGGCGAGGCCAAAACUGGGCCCGCUACGCGGUCCGAGCAUCAGCGGGCCCAGUUUUUGAAAAUCUUGUGGAAACAAUAUUAAUAGUUUAUUCAUACCGAGUGUAGACUCCGUUUGUGACUCUUAUGCGUCGAGUACAAAAGAGUAUACUUUCCCACGUAUCGCUCCAUUGUUUGCCGUCUUCGUUCCGACGGAAGAUCACGGGUUAUAAACGACCAGCGGAGAUAAGGCUCAUAUAGCGGACAAAAACAUCACGGCUCUUCUCAUUCAAUUAAUUUUGUCAACGGCGGCGCUAGAGAACGACGUGGAUAACACAUGACGAUUGCAGCCCCAAAGUGCGUUUAGAAAAGUGCAAUAUAUGUUUAGGUUUUACGUGGUCUCAGAUCGACACGCUUGAGAUCAAAUAUGGUGUCAAAUUAAUUUCGAAGUAGGCUGGUCGAACAGGCGCCUGUUUUUUCAACGCGCCGCUGCGUCCCUGCGUUGAGAGAACAGGCGCCUGAAAUCGCCUGUUCGACCAGCCUAUUUCGAAGUCGAUUAUGUUCAAUUGUGUAAACGCGAGUUGCGUUUCAAUAUAGAUCUUGAGUACUGAGUGACCGAUUUUUCUAGUCCUAUGUAGUUUUUGUGAGAUUUGUCACCGAAGAUCAAGUUUGUACCGGCCUGGUUAGCCCGGUCAGCUGUAAACAUUUUUAGGAAUUUUGGUUUUUCGAUUCUGCGUGUGUAAAUUUUUUAGCGUUUUCGAGCAGCUCUCAUAGAAGGACCUGUCCAGCCCUGGAUAUGACGAGUUAGAUAUUUUUGUAUUGAUUGGAAACAUACAGCCAUACCACAGCGUGCAUAUUAUGUUGAGAGACUUCGUUAUUUAUCGCAUUCGCAAUCUUAAUGCUUACGGAUUUCCGCGCCGCAUUGAAAGUUUCGUUCGAAAAGUUGCAUUUUACCACACUGCGCCUGUUAAAGCAUUUGCAGCGAAAUCGAAAAAUUUUGAUCUACAUUGCCUAUUGGCCCAUACAGCAUAUUAUCCCCGUUAGCCAUGCAAAAAGGUGGCAAUCCCGCUCCGCUAGACUCGGCCAACGGCCGAGGUUUUAUUGUUUUACUCCUCGGAAAAUUGAAAAAAAACACACAAAAUGACAUGGCCGAAGUUUUUCACAGCGGCCGAGACCCCGAGAGGAAGAGAGAGAGAGUGAGACCUUCCACCUUUUUGCGGGGCUAUUAUGUGUUCAGUUGAAAAACUUGUAUGCUGUUAUUCACUUGGAGACUGAUCCCGUAUUUUUCCGUGACCGAAAAACUGCCCUGAGAUUCUUGCGGCUUGCACUAUAAUAUGUAAGUCUCGCCGAGUACUUUAAAGAGGGGCUGUUUUGGAACUAUUUCAUAACUGUCCUCGGGGCAGUAUUUACGGCGUGAAAUAGAUAGUAAGAACUUUACCACCAAACAAAGCGUUGUAGCGUUCAUCUGAAGUUCGAAUUCCGCACUCCACUUCAGUUCUGAGCUCAUUCCCAAAUUUAAUAGCCACGGUCGGAUUACUUUAGUAAGCGGGUUCCAUAAAUUUUCAGCAAUCAUACGUUUCAUUACCCUUUAACAAGUUUAAUUAGCGAAAGUUUACUGAUAUCAUAACCUUUUCUUCUUUCUCCGUCCAGUCUAACUUAUUUCGGGAAGAUUGAUAGAGUCAACACGUUAUGUCAAUUUUCAAAGGCGCCUCCCACUUUUUGCUAUGACGUGGAAUUUUUCUUCUGUUCCCACUUGUUAAUUAAGGUGCUUUUCAGGUCGAUUGUACCACUGAGAAGACCGUCUGCGACAAGUUCGGAGUUAAGGGAUUCCCAACUCUGAAGAUCUUCCGUAACGGAGUUCCAGCCCAAGACUACGAUGGACCACGUGAUGGUGAUGGAAUCGUCAAGUUCAUGCGUGGACAGUCUGGACCUUCCUCAAGAGAACUGAAGACUGUGGCUGAUUUCGAGAAGUUCACCGGGGGAGAUGAGAAUGUUGUUAUUGGAUUCUUCGAGAGCGAGAGCAAGCUCAAGGACUCUUUCCUCAAGGUUGCUGAUACUGAGCGUGAUCGUUUCUCCUUCGCCCACACUUCUAGCAAGGACGUUCUCAAGAAGGCCGGAUACACUGAGUAUGACUGUUUAUGUUAUUCAAAUUACACACAUUCGUUUCAGCGACGUUGUUGUCUUUGUCCCGAAGAAGCUCCACAACAAGUUCGACGCGAACGAAUUCAAAUACGACGGAAACUACGAUACUGAUAAGAUCAAGAACUUCCUUGUUCACGAAACGUUAGUGUGUUCGUUCGUAAAAUUUCUAUUAUGAUGAGUUUCAGAGUCGGACUUGCUGGAAUUCGUACUCAGGGAAACUUGUUCCAAUUCGAACAGAAGCCAAUCGUUGUUGUUUACUUCAAUGUCGAUUACGUCAAGGACCCGAAAGGAUCCAACUACUGGCGUAACCGUGUGCUCAAGGUUGCGCAGAACUACAAGAGAAAGGUUCAAUUCGCCGUUUCGAACAAGGAAGAGUUCACGCAAGAGAUCGAGCAGAACGGACUUGGCGAACGUAAGGAUUCUGACAAGCCAGUUGUUGCCGUUCUCACCAACGAAGGAAAGUUCCCAAUGGACCAAGAGUUCAGGUGUGUCUUGCAUAGUUUAGCAAUGGUCUGAUUGUGGUUAAGCCACUGCUUGAUAAUGUUGUUGCAACUCUUUCUUCUUUUAUCAAAAUUGUAUAUUUCAGCGUCGAAAACCUUCAACAAUUCGUGGAUGAGGUGCUCGCUGGAAACGCCGAGCCAUACAUGAAGUCUGAGCCAAUCCCAGACGAGCAAGGAGACGUCAAGGUCGCAGUCGGAAAGAACUUCAAGGAACUCAUCCUCGACUCUGACAAGGACGUUCUCAUCGAGUUCUACGCUCCAUGGUGCGGACACUGCAAGUCUUUGGCUCCAAAGUACGACGAGCUCGCCGAGAAGGUAAGAAAACACACUUAGUUUUAGAAAACUAUCCAACUGUUUGAACUUCUUUUCAUCGACAUUUUAAUUUCUUUUAUCAUUCUGAUAUCUGAUGAGAACUUGUUUAUUUUCAGCUCAACAAUGAAGACGUGAUCAUUGCCAAGAUGGACGCCACCGCCAACGAUGUGCCACCACUUUUCGAAGUCAGAGGGUCAGUUUCAUGAUUCAAGUUGUACGAAUGUCCUCAUCUUUUAAAUUUCAGAUUCCCAACCCUCUUCUGGCUCCCGAAGAACUCAAAGAGCAGCCCGAUCCCAUACAACGCCGGACGCGAAGUUAAGGACUUCAUAAACUUCAUCGCCAAACACUCCACUGAUGGACUCAAGGGAUACGCUCGUGACGGAAAGAAGAAGAAGAAGACCGAAUUGUAA